GAUCGUCUUUCGUACACGUCGCAAGCAAACACACACCGGAGCUUCCACGCUGCGGGCGUGGAACGCGGGGCGCCAUGGCUCGGCGCGCGGAGCGGCUGAUGCUGGGGACUCUAUGGGUUCCGAGGAGCAUCACGGCAAUCCGCGUGGUGUGCCGCGACAACCCAGUGGUGGUGGAUUGGAUGCAUCGAUUUGUGCCGAUGCUUCGAUAUGGAAGCCCUGCGCUUGAGUUUCACUUCCAUCGACUGCAGAUCCAAGCGAAGGAGACGGAUGCCAAGGCGUCCGAAGCGCGAGGAGAGGACGAGGAGGUGAAGGAGGAGGAGGAGGGAGCGCCUGCAGCGAACAAAGCGUCGGAGCAGGCGGAAGGAGCGGGAGCUGCUCCAGAUGCUGGUCCAGCAGAUGUCGUGAGCGAUGAUCUGGAGCGCAUGGAGCUCGAGUUCGCGGACGGUCCGAGAACUCAAUCGACACCGAAAUCGCACGGCGUAAAACGCACGGCCCCUUUUGAGAGGGGUCGCCUCGCCGGCAACAGGAGUUCUGCGGGAGGUUGGAGUGGGGUCACAUGAAACCACUCCUUAGUUUUUGGGGGGUCAGCAGGAGUCCCGCAGGAGGUUCGUUUUUGUGUGGGUGUUUGUAUUCUUAGUCUUAAAACGAUCACAUGACUAGAUGCCAAAUAUUGCCAAAUUAACAAUAUUUAUAAGAAUAAUAGCAAUAAGGCCUUUAAGAUGUCCUCCAGCGCAUGGCGCAUGCUCCAUUCCCUGCAAAACGCUCUUGCAAACAGCAGCGACCUGCAUCGGUCUACCCUGGAUAGAGCAAAAGACCAUGAGAAGUACCACAACCAACAGCAGGAUUUUGGUCCAUUCCACGACCAAAACAAGCGUGUCCUAUAUUCUUUGCAACGGAGCUUGCCACAACAAGCGCAUAGCUAUACCCCCUAAUUUUUGAUGUGAACUAUCCCACUUGUCGCACAGUUUGUUGUGGUCCCGGUUGUGAGAUAUACAGGGAAGUCAGACUUCCUCACCAUCUAAGAGAAUUGAAACAGUUUUUCGAUACCAAAACUUACUUUUCUUUCUUGCUUUCGCUAUUGCCGAAGGCGGUUCGCCUGUGACAAGCUCUUUUAGUUAUAAAUUACGUGCAGCUCCGGCCGAUAUCUGUCAAACAGGCCGCCACCCAAAUCAAAAGUGUCGGCAAAAAACCAGCACAAGCUGAGCUGUACAAUCAACAUUGGAGCCUAAGUAAUCUGCACUACAUACCACCAUCACACGAUCAUUUCUUGCAAGGAUAGACCACUCAGACUUCGCCCAGACAGGUUUUUGCGUCAUCACAUGCCCACGGAAGCGCAUCGCAGGCUCAUUCUGGUAUCCGCACCUAGGUAUUCCUCUGGGUACUUGAGAGGCUAUCCAAAGGCGCUUGCACAGCACCCACUGCAUGCACGCACUGACAAACAGCACGGCCUGCUGUUCAAAGGGCCAAAUAGUAGAUACUUUCAG